AUGUGUGAUAAAAAAAAGAAAUUUGAAAUCAUUGACCUUGACCGUGACCAUGAUGUUAUCGUUAUCGAUGAUGUUAAAGUCGAACAGCAGCCGCUUAAAAUGUCUAAUUUAUCAUCUGUUGUAGAGUCACCUAUCUGGAUUAAAGUAUGUAUUGGUCUAGGCAAAGAUGCGAUAAUUUGUAAUGAAAAAUGCGUCUUUAAAUGUCCAUUAUACAUUAAAAAAAAAAAGAACGCAGAUGAUGAAAAAAAACCCAAACCUUCUAUUCCGCGUCAUAUUCCACGUCAUACUCCACGUCGCAUUCCACGUCAUACUCCAUGUCGUAAUCAUUCGACCCCUCUGAGAUCUAUCGGUCUUCCUGCGAAUACAAAUCGAUGGACAAGGGAAGAAGAUCAUGCAUUACUUACAUCAAUACAAAAACACGGUGGUAAAUGGUCCAUAAUUAGUCGGGAUGUCGGUACUGGGAGAAAACCGAUUCAUUGUUGUCGACGUUGGAAUGCAAUUGUUAGAUGUUCACUUAGACGCGUCGCCCUUAAUUGA